UCCCAAAAAGCCACGUCGUUUGCAACAACGCUUAAGUCCGUAAUGGCGAUGGAGAAAAUAGGUGUAUUGAUGACAUGCCCAAUGUUAUCCUACCUAGAAGAAGAGCUCAACAAGCGUUUCAACCUCUUCAGAUUCUGGGAAGCUCCUUCUAAGUCCGAGUUCCUGACUCGGCACAGUGACUCAGUCCGAGCUGUUGUGGGAAACGCAUUUUUCGGUGCUGAAUCGGAACUUAUCAACGCAUUGCCAAACUUGGAAAUCGUAUCAUCUUACAGUGUGGGUUUGGAUAAGAUUGAUUUGGUAAAGUGUAAAGAGAGAGGGAUUAGAGUUACUAAUACACCUGAUGUGCUCACUGAUGAUGUAGCGGAUGCAGCGAUUGGACUGACAUUGGCGACUUUGAGGAGAAUUUGUGUUGCUGAUGGGUUUGUCAGACGUGGGUUAUGGAAAAAUGGCGAUUUCGAGUUGACUACAAAGUUCAGUGGUAAGUUAGUUGGCAUAAUUGGAUUGGGCAGAAUUGGUUCAGCAAUAGCAAAGAGAGCUGAAGCAUUUGGAUGCCCCAUUAGCUACCACUCCAGAUCCAAGAAACCAAACUUAAACUACAAAUUCUACUCUACUGUGGUUGAUUUGGCUGCAAAUUCUGAAAUCCUUAUUGUUGCAUGUGCUUUGACUGAAGAAACCCAAGAUAUAGUCAAUCGCAAAGUGCUUGAUGCAUUAGGUCCAAGGGGCAUCUUAAUCAAUAUUGGACGAGGUGCACAUGUAGAUGAAUCUGAACUUGUAGCUGCACUGAUUGAAGGCCGUAUUGGAGGGGCUGGUCUUGAUGUUUAUCAGACGGAACCAGAGGUUCCUGAACAAUUGUUUGGACUUGAGAAUGUUGUUCUGUUGUCCCAUGCUGCAAGUGAUACAGUAGAAACUUGCACGGCCAUGGCAGACCUUGUCAUUGCAAACUUGGUAGCUCAUUUUCUUCACAAACCAUUGUUGACUCCUGUGCUCUGAACAUGUUCAUUCAUCAGUGCUGGCUGGGCAAUCAGCAGGAGUUGUAUCUUUGAACUCAUUGAACACUUCCAAGAUUCUGGAAUUGUAAUCUCUUCUCCAAACUUUUGGAAAAACUAAAGUUUGGAAUAAGAAUUUGUUGAAAAAUAUUUAUUAAGAAAGAAGAGAGCACUUUUUGGCUAAAUUAGAGGGGAUUUAAAAGAGCCAUGGAAUUGUUUCUCUCACAUUAUUUUUAUUGGAAAUUGAUCUGAAAAAUCAACUUCAGGAUCUAUUAAGAAAUGAAGAAAUCUUUUAG